AUGAGUCUUCUUGACUUUAUUGAUUCAUUCGCUGUAUUUUUACACGACUUUCUUUCUGGCUGUGUACGUAUAGAUGACAAAUUUAUUGGAUUUCAUGAUGAGCUUGCUUUUUACCACCUUCUUGAGGAAUACAAAGAACGAUUUGUAAGUGUGAUUGGCGUAAUCUUUGAUCAAGCCCCUCAAAGCCUCGAUAUGUUGCAGCUAAAUCAAAGUAUUAUAAAAAUUCGCAUGCGGCUUCCAUCUUCGACAAUUGAUGAAACUUUAUAUUUUAGAGUGCUCGACAGGUACUGGACUCCUGAUCCUAGAAAUAGGCCAUCGGUCGAUAUGAAGUAUUUUACUAGUGGUUUUAUUGACGCUCAAGAACUUAUUUCUGAUGCAAUUAUUUCUCUGCUUUCUGAUCAGCCAAAAGAAGAGGAUCGUGAGGCAACAUCAUUAGACCUUUUCAGUCGACCAAUCACUGCUACAGAAAUGAAACUUUUUCCCACACCUUGCUAUACUAGUGAUUUAUUUAUCCGUUUCUUUUUAAAUACCUUGCCUUUAUUCCUAGUGCUCUCAUGGAUCUGCACUUUUGUUGUAACUGUAAAAAGUAUUGUAUAUGAAAAGGAAUAUCGAUUGAAGGAGUUCACCAAAGUGAUGGGACUCAGUAACUUUAUUCAUUGGGCCAAUUGGUUCACUUUUAGCUUUCUUGCUAUGUCUAUUUCCUCUAUCAUCAUAUCUCUUUUACUUAAGUUUGGUGGAGUCCUCCCUCGUUCUGAUUUAAGCCUGCUUCUUUUCUUUGUUUCUUCUUAUGCUGUUGCCAUUAUUUAUCAGGCAUUUUUAUUUUCAGUCUUUUUUUCACGAGCCCAUAUGAGUGCAAUGGUCUCGGGUUUGUUCUACCUUCUAUUUUAUAUUCCUGCUCUCGUAAUUAUGCUCAACGAGCAUGACUUCAAUGUAUGGGGCCUUGGAGCACUGAGUCUGGCUGUUCAAGUCCCUUACAGUCUUGGAUGGAUACGUUUUUCGAGGAUAGAACUACAGGGUCGCGGUGCUACUUGGUCGGAUUUGAGAAGCAAUGAAUUGUUGGAAGACAUCUUUCCUUUGGGGUCAUGUCUACUCUUGAUUUGGAUCGAUAUACUUAUUUAUUCACUUCUCACAUGGUACAUCGAAGCAGUCUUCCCCGGCAAGUACGGUAUAGCUCAGCCCUUUUAUUUUCCAUUCAGAAAGAGCUAUUGGUUUGGCUUACAGGGUCCAGAAGACCUCAGCAUAUCUUCAUCUUCCACAUACCCAGUUCGAAAUCCCAUCACACGAGAAAGGGACUUUGCAGUCGAUAGUGAAACAGUGCAAAAUUGGAUGAGAACUAAAGCCAGCUCCCUUGCUACUUUCUUUAAGAGUGGUUUCUGGUUCAAAAAUUCUCCAUUUCACCUUUCAGAAGAUUUAUUUGCGACAUCGGAUACAUCUGAGGUUCAGGGUUAUUUCGAGGCGGAACCCACUCAUCUACCAAUCGGGGUUGCAAUUGAUUGUCUUACAAUGGCAUAUACUAGUAGAGCUAGACCGGCAAUAAGGGGGCUAACUUUAAAUUUUUACGAGGGUCAGGUCACCUCAUUUCUUGGUCAUAACGGAGCCGGAAAGACUACCACUAUUUCAAUUUUAACAGGACUUUAUCCGCCAACCAGUGGCACUGCGUUUAUUAAUGGACUUGACAUACGUAAGCACAUGUCAACUAUCAGGAAUAGCAUUGGCCUAUGUCCACAGCACAACGUCCUAUUCGAUGACCUUACUGUGUCCGAGCAUAUUUACUUUUACGCCAGCCUUAAGAGCUUAGAAAACCAGGAUAUCUCCAGAGAAGCCGACAGGCUCUUGUCCGAAUUGGGAUUUUUCGAUAAAAGACAUGACCUAGUUAGGAACUUGUCCGGUGGACAAAAACGCAAGUUAUCUGUAGCGCUUGCUUUUGUUGGUAACAGCCGACUUAUUUUUUUGGACGAGCCAACAGCCGGCGUUGAUCCUUAUUCACGCCGUAGCAUCUGGGAUCUUGUCUUACGAGCCAAGUCUCACCGGACUAUAAUACUCACGACGCAUCACAUGGAUGAGGCUGAUAUACUUGGUGACAGGAUCGCUGUCAUAUCCCAAGGAGAGCUCCGUUGUUGUGGGUCCAGCCUCUUCUUGAAAGAACACUAUGGUAGUGGGUACUACUUGGUCAUGGCUAAGUGCCAGUCACACGCCAGAAAGUCAUCUCUAAAAAUGCCGGUUGAGGCUGAAUCAAGAGCAACUACAUCCUCUCGUCUUCUCAUUUUCAUUCGUAGUUUUGUCAUCGGAGCUCGAUUAGUCUUGGAUAUGCCAACUGAAGUGACUUUCUCACUCCCCCUCUCAGGGACCCUCAACGGCAGUUUUGUACGCCUCUUUAAUGCUUUAGAAACUGGUGGCACUACGCUGUUAAAUGACCUUGGAAUCAGCUCAUACGGUCUUUCUGAUACUAUCUUGGAAGAGAUAUUUCUUCUUGUUGCCAACGAUCCAUCGUCGAGAACCUCUAGUAAGGCCGUCGACAACGUGGCGUUUGAGUAUGAUUCGGAUAGACAAUCAGAAGAUUGCAUCGAUUCUAAAUAUACGCAUUCUUUCCAGGAUCUUAAUUGCCCCAAAGUCUUAUCGCAUGACUUUCCUUUUGAUAAUGGUGACUUCAUAAAGGCGUCAUUCCCUUCUUGCUCCACGUUAAGGGCUACCUCUGUACCUGAUGCAAGUAGACGGGCGAAGAUAAGCCGAGGGCUAGACUCUCUUACAGAUGGAGGCAAGUUUCCACGUGUGGCUACGCAUUGGAGCCUCAUGCGCAACAAUUUGCACCGGCUUGUCCAUAAGCGCCGCUCAACCCCGGUCCUCAAACCGCUGACUUUUCCAGGGUCUACCAUAUUUGAAGGAGGACUGUCGAGUCGUUCUUCGUCCAGCGACUUGUUUCGUCAGGCUAUAGCUGUGACCAUCAAACGAUUUCAUCAUGUGCGUCGUAACAAGAAGGGUUGGUUUGUCGAGAUUAUCCUGCCCGUAUCACUCAUCAUUGUCGUUUUAUUGGCCAUUCGUACCUUCACUGUGUUCACUGAUCAGCCAUCUAUGCAGCUCAAUCCUUGGCUACUGGCAAUGAUCAAUUCUCGUCCCCAGCUCACUGUGUUCUAUGAAAACGCCGCUUUUGCUCACAAAGAGCCGGAGUACUCGGAACAGACGCGCCCUGUGCAAGUAGUUGGCCAGCUAUAUGAGACCGCGCUCCAGCAGCCGGUGAUGUUCACGGGUCUACGCUGCGUUCCACGUGAUCGUUUCCUUUUUGAACCUGAAGAGUUGGGGGUUUGCGACUUUAAGAUUCCUGACACUCCGCCUAUGCUUAAUACCAGCCAACGUGCUCUGGCAAGGGAAAAUUCUGCCCACACAUGUCAGUGUCAUGAUGGCACUAUUUCGGGUUGUUCUCUGGAACCGAAUCCACCCAGUAUGAGGCUGGCCUCGACGGAUGAGCUGAUCAAUCUUACUGGCUAUUCGGUGCCCAACUAUCUGCUCAAAUCAUCAUCCCGAUUCCUCAUGCGACGCUACGGAGGCUUCAGUUUCCAGCCCCAUGACGACCUAUCGAUGCGCGGUCAUCUUGAGCAGGCAUUAAGUGAGAACAGCACUCUUGUUGACCUCCUAGCACAGCUUACUGGAGAAGUUGGCCAUCCCGAUAUAUUCUGGACCAAGUUCUUCCGCACUCUCCGCCUGAUGCUUCCGCCCAGCCACUACCAUCGAAUCUGGUUCAACAAUAAGGGCUAUUUAUCUGCCCCAGGAUAUCUUAACAUGAUGCACAACAUGAAGCUACGUCUAUUCACUCGUGCCCGAUUGGUUGGUCAGUUUCCCGGCGGGGCUCGAGAUCUCGGCUUAAGCAUUAGUAACCAUCCCCUUAAUUACACUCAGGCUGAGGUGGACAAACAGAAAUCAAAAGCACUUGUGAUUGACUUUACUCUGGCUAUAUUCGUAAUCCUGGCGCUCUCUUUUAUUCCAGCCAAUUUUAUCCUCUUCCUCGUCCAGGAGCGUUUUUCUGGAGCAAAGCACCUGCAAUUUGUGUCUGGCUUGCAUCCAUGUGUUUAUUGGCUGACCACUUAUGCUUGGGAUAUCAUUAACUACUGUUUUCCAGCCCUUCUAUGUGUUGCGAUAUUCGCAGCCUUCGACAAGCAGUCUUACGUCGGGUCGGGAAACAUAGUUCCAUUUACAUUACUUUUGCUUCUCUAUGGUGUAGCCAUUAUUCCUUUGAUGUAUCCUUUUAGCUUUCUCUUCAGUGUUCCAAGCACAGCAUUUGUCUGCCUCGCAAUGCUUAAUUUGCUGAUAGGUGUCCUCGGCACAUUGACUACUUUCAUGUUGGACAUGUUCUCGCUUUCUGACCCAUAUCUUAAAGAGGUGAAUAAUGUACUGAAGCGAACCUUUCUCAUUUUUCCUCAGUACUGCCUAGGUCGCGGGAUCUAUAACUUGGCUGAACGUCAGAUAAUGCUUGAACAAAACCUGCCUGUUAUCGAUUCACCGCUCGACCGAGAUGUUACCCUUCUACACAUAAUAUUUCUGCCCAUUCAUGCUGUUCUCUUUUUUAUUUUUACUCUUUUGAUUGAAUAUUCUUUUUUCUGGGGUCAUCUUAGCCGAUUCCUAAUCUACAAAUUUGAUUGGUACCGUAGAUGGAGCCAGUCCCGCCUGGAAAGGAGAUUGAAAGGUGUUGUGCCCCCUCAAGAUCCUGACGUUCGUCAGGAGAUGCAACGUGUGUUGCAGGUUGCUUUUGAUAAUGAACUACUUGAAAGUUAA